AUGGUGACAAUCUGGCUUGUCCUGCUGAGUGCCUUGCAGGCCCCUGGCUCGCCGGGGCUGGCUGCUGCCGAGGAGUCCCCCAAGGGGCCUGCUUGCGCCAGGGAAGGGCAGGCGUGCGACCCCCGCUGGCGCAGAGAUGCCGGCGGGCGCGGCGGGGUUUACGAGCAUCUCGGGGGAGCGCCGCGGCGCAGGAAGCUCUACUGCGCCACGAAGUAUCACCUCCAGAUCCACGCCAACGGCCGCAUCAACGGCACCCUGGAGAAGAACAGCGUCUUCAGCAUUCUAGAGAUAACUGCAGUGGAUGUUGGAAUUGUUGCUAUCAAAGGCUGCUUCUCUGGCAGAUACCUGGCCAUGAACAAAAGAGGCCGACUUUAUGCUUCAGAGACAUACAGUGCUGAAUGUGAGUUUGUGGAAAGGAUCCAUGAGCUGGGCUACAAUACUUAUGCAUCGCGCUUGUAUCGGACUGCGCCCAAUGGAGCUAGCAGUAAACGCAAAGCCAGUGCUGAGAGACUCUGGUACGUCUCCAUCAAUGGGAAAGGCCGACCCAGAAGGAGUUUUAAAACCCGUAGGACCCAGAAAUCUUCUCUCUUUUUGCCUAGGGUGUUGGAUAACAAAGACCACGAUAUGGUCCGACUAUUCCAUACAAACACUAAAUACAGAGAGAGUCUAUUAAAGACUUCAAAUAAGAACCAGAGAAGAAGAAGAGGACACUAA